AUGGGCUAUCUGCAGAGUGCGGAGGAGGCCUUGGCCGCCGAGAAUUGGCGCAAUGCAGCCGAGCUGUUCAGCAAGGCCAUCAACGAGCUUCGGGAGAAUCUGGCAGCAGGCCCCGAUGUGGACGGUCUGGUGGAGGCCUACAGUGGCCGCGGCCAGGCCCUGGCCGAGAUGGGGCGCCAACGCGGCACGCUCCCAAGACAAGCAGAGACGCUGAAGGCAGCCUUGGCAGAUGCCCGUGCGGCC